UAGGGGCCUACAAGAAACGAAAACAAUGUGCAUGUAGCGGUUUUGCUAUAUUUUCAUCCUAUUUACAGUACACCCGAAGCGGGUGCAGCUUCUCAACAAUUACACAGAUAAAUUACCAGUUUCAUCGAUGUUGCAGAUGUGAGUCUCGUGCAGCUAACGGGUGCGUAGCAGCAGCCACCUGCAGUGAAAGCGGAGGGAUGCCUGCGGCAGAGAGCAGCCAUGCCCAGCGUGUCUUGUCCUCCCUGAACCAGCAGAGGGCAGUAGGGAGGUUCUGUGAUGCAGUGUUGAAUGUGGGAGGCGGGGUGGUGUACCUGGCCCAUCGCAGCAUCCUCGCCUGUUUCAGUGAACUGUUCCAGCAGCCCAACAUGCCCACGGCACCGUGCACGGAGUUCUGCCUGGAGGAGUGCCCCAACGACGGCCUGGAGCUGCUCCUGAACUUUGUCUACACCGGGGAGCUGAAGUUGGAUCCUGAAAACUUGGACAACGUUAAGCAUGCAGCAACCAGCCUGUGUGUACCAGAGGCACUCACGCUCUGUCAGCAGUUCAAGGACACUUCUGUGGAUCCUGCACCUUUUAAGCGCAAAAGAGGCAGACCUAGGAAGUCCACAUCAGAUACGACCCUUCGUUGUUCGGUCAAAGAAGAGAACUUGGUCCCAAUAACAAAAGGCACGUCCAGCUUUGACACUGCUCCAACCCAUUUUAGCAUGGCUGCCACUACCACCACCCGCUGUGGCCGUGUAGUGAAGGGCCCCAGGCGAUUGGUGACUGAUGAAACCCCCGACACUGAUUUAUCAGUCCCUGAAAAAGCCGGCAAGAAGGCUCCACUUAUUCCCACAGAGAGAGAAAGUGAUUAUGUCGUUGUGGAGAACUUAAACCCAGAGCAGCCAGCUGGUGAAAACCAGAUAAUCGACUUGCAGGCUGACAUUAAUGAGAACAGUGUUAGCCAGGCAAUGGAGAAAGAAGAAGAAGAAGAGGAGGAGGAAGAUGAUGUGGGGGAUUUCGAGGGGAUGACUGAAGAAACCGAUGAGGAGUAUGUCCCCGUCGAAGAGCCCAGUUCCUUGUCCCCGUCCACAUCAACGGCACGGAGACGCAAAGCCCAGAGUCAAACAGACGGAAAGGAGAACGGCGAGGCUGUGGAAGAAGACUCCAAGAAGGACUCGGUGCAGUGUCCCAGCUGUGACAAAUCCUUCAAGAGCAAAUACUACCUCAAAGUCCACAACAGGCGGCAUACAGGCGAGAGGCCCUUUGGUUGCCAUAAAUGUGGGAAGAGGUACUUCAGGAAGGAGAAUCUUUUGCUACACGAGAUCAGAGACUGUACUAAAGUACAGGUGAGUGUCUCUAAAUCUGUCUUCUGUGUCAUGUUUAAUCCACCAAAGAGUAACAUCAGUGUUUGUGCUGUGUUCCAGACGUACACCUGCGUGACAUGCUCGUCAACAUUUAAAGGAAAAGAAGAGCUGCGUUUGCACGUCGUGACCCACACGGGAACUAUGCCCCACAAGUGCUCAACGUGUCCUGAACAGUUUAUGCACAAGAAAAACUUGACAAUUCACAUGAUGAAGGUCCAUGGUUAUCCCAAACCACACGCAUGUCCCCAGUGCCCCAAAACCUUUUUAACCCGGACGGAGCUGCGUGUGCACGAAGCCGCCAAACACCGAGGCGAGAAGCCGUUUGUGUGCGAGGAGUGUGGCCAUCGAGCGUCCAGCCGAAACGGCCUGCAGAUGCACAUCAAAGCCAUUCACAGAAAUGAGCGCCCUUUUGUAUGUAACUUAUGUGGCCAUGCAUUCUCCCAGAAGAACAACCUAAACAUGCAUCUGCGUAUACACAGUGGUGAGAGGCCAUACCAGUGUCAUCUCUGUGGCAAAACCUUCAGGACGCAAGCCAGUCUAGAUAAACACCACCGGACACACACCGGCGAGCGUCCGUUUGGCUGUGACGUUUGUGAGCAGCGCUUCACAGAGAAAGGCGCCCUCGUCCGCCACAAGGCCAGCAAGCACGAGGAGGGCCGCCCCCACUCCUGCCACAUAUGUGGGAAAACCUUCAAAGCGAGGGAGCAACUCCGUGUUCACCUGCGGCGCCAUAAGGGCAUGAGGAAGUUCGAGUGUAUAGACUGCGGCUACAAGUUCACUCGACAGGCCCACCUGCGCCGGCACAUUCAAAUCCACAAACGCACGGAGAACUACAACCCCCGGCAGAGGAAACUGAGGAACGUGAUAGUGCAGGAGGUGGACCAAAGUCCCGAUGAGAAUGGAGGGACGAAGGAGGAGGAAGAGUCGCUGGUGGCCGAGGACACAUACUGCAUCCCAGAGACUGCCGACGUCCAGGACUCUGACGCUAACCCAGAGGCCGACUUUGGGACAGGCCUCAGUUCUAGUUGCAUGGUUAGGGGGGUGACUAAGUCGAGUGACGUGGUGAUGGAAGAGGUGGUGUCAAACCAGGACCCGGGAUACGUGGAGGCGGAGGAGAGUUUCUCUGAGGCGUACGAGUCCACGAUGGUUAUGGAGGGAACGGUUGGGAAUAUAUCCCGGAUUAAGACCUGAGAUCUGAAAGACCAGAGACUGUGUGCAACCCACGCAGAGUUACUGGACUUAAAGGGUAACUACUGCUUCUUUCAACCUGGACCCUAUUUUCUGUUUUUGUGUCUAAGUGACUGAUGGAAACAACAGUCUUUGACAGUGGUCCAGUAUUGACCAAUAUUGCUGCAGUCAGUAGUCGCUAAACAAGCUACAAUAUAAGUUAAUAGGGCAUUUGUCCAACUUGUAUUAACCUUCACAAUUUACCUUCGAGAUUUGUAUCGAAUUGUGGGUCAAAAAUCAUGAUACAAACCAAAUCCUGGGUUUAGUGUAUUUUUUCGGCCCUGACUUACACACAAAAACAUAGGAAAAUAGAGUUACCCUUUAAAUGUGUCAGGAGGACCUUUGGCCUUACAGAUCCAAAGAUGAAACUGCAACAUAGUCAGCAACUGUUGAGUUCCUAGACAUGCAAGAGAAGAGCAGCCAGUCAUUCUCGUAGUGUUGGUAGCUAACAGUAAAUGAACUGCAUGCUAGUGAAGGCUGCGUUUUUUUCAGGCUCCAUUUUAAACAUAUUUAAAAUGAUGCUGCGAUAUAUUGCAAUUUAUUACCUUUUUUUCUACUCAAAAUGAUGUCCUCAAUGGAAAACUUUGUCAACACCUGUUUUAUCUAAAAAUAUAAAUUUGUGUUUGCACCAUCUAUCUAGUGGACUGAAAGAGCAAUUGAUUAUUCUAUUAUUCCAGAACCAAAACGUUCUGGAAUAAUUCUCAUGUGCAGUGUAUAUAAUAAAUGAAUUAUCAUAGUAGUGAUAGUACUGUAUGUUCAAGCAGUAUGGUAUCAAGCAGAUAGAUAGAUAGAUAGAUACUUUAUUGAUCCUUAGGGAAAGUUUAAGUGAAUUUCAUUCUAAGUAGAGGCCCUUGUUAAAGUGAAGUUUUUGACCAUUAACAGCACUAAGGAGAUGUGAAGAAUGGAAAUACUGUAUAUAUAUAAAAAAAAAGGCUUAACAAAUAUUUUAUGCAGAAGGAAAUGUAUUCAACAGUUCAUUAGACCUCAAAGAUACACGUUUUAUAAAAAUCUUUUCACACUCAGCUGCAACUACUGUCCAUUGCUUAUUAGAAAUAUAUUAGCAACAUGCUUACAGCUUUUCAAAUGUGACUCUGCAGAAUGAACUCGCCUGUUUAGUUUAUGGCAACCACACCGUAAACAUUAUACAAACACAGUACGUGAGCUUAAGAAUAUACUGUA